AGAAGUCCAGGUUACGCGAGUGCUUCGUGAGUUGAACAGCGGGGACACUCACAUUGUACUUGUUAUGUGCAUGCGCGUGAAGUUGUAAAAACUGCACUUCUAAAGGGACAAAAGCGCGACAGUCAACGAGAAUUGCGAAAAUGUUCGACUUCAUUUCGGACGCGUACAGUUCCUUGGUUAACUUGGUCAUCCGCCCAGAGCGACGCGUCCCGAAAGAUCACCAGCUGGGACCCAAGGAUUUCGUGCGGUGUGGCCGCACCUGGCGCCGGACGGAUUUGACAUUAGUUAACGACCGCGGACAACGCCUCAUUUGCUGUCACUACACGCCCGUCCGCUGCAUUUCCAAGUCUUCUUCGUCUACUUCGAACCAGCAGAGUGGGACGAGUUCGAGUAAAUGUAAAAAUUCUUCGACGGAAGUACAACCAGGCGGCAAUUUUUCAUCUAGAAGCAAUUCGCCCAGCAAAAGAUUGCUCGUGAAGCCCUCGAACAACGGUGUCAGCACAGAUGAAUCGGAGGGAGUCGUAGUCGAAGAUCAUGAUGCAGCGUUUUCUUGCGCAGUUGACGAGGAACGGCAAGAGGCAAGGUGGAACGAAUGUCUUACCGACGUACGUCAACACGAGGACACCAUCACCAGUCUCCCCUCCGGCGCACCAGAAGCAGGAGCGCCAGGAGGAUCAUGCUCCACAGUCACCGAGGUACUGCAAGAGGACGCCAUGACGCCACUAGAGACAAGCGGCGCACGGUUUACGAUGUCGAGUUCCCGGAGCAUCCGGAAUUUCGUUGAGAAACACCGUGAUUCCGACAUGGAUCUGUGUUUGAUGGAAGAGGAGGAGAAAUCGUUUAGGACAGGACGAGGAGCUGCCGGAAAUCUACCAGCAUUUUGCUCAAGAUCCAACGGUAGUAGUUUUCAACAAGAUCAAGACUACAACAAGGAGUACAAAUCUACUGAGAAUAGGACGGAAUAUCGAGGUGGCGCCGCGGGCACAGCAUCUGCAUCUUCCCGCCCCCCUCCUUGUGUGGUGUACCUCCAUGGCAAUGCCAGUUGUCGCUUAGAGGCAAAAGAAACCUGGGACUAUGUCCUCUCUUUGGGUUUCUCGCUGUUCGCGUUCGAUUUCUCCGGGAGCGGCAAUUCCGACGGCGACUACGUGUCGCUUGGGUUCUACGAGCGAGAAGACCUGCACACUGUUGUGACACACUUGCGAGAGCAGGACAACGUGGGGCCGAUCAUGUUGUGGGGCCGGUCCAUGGGUGCGUUCACUGCGCUGAGCUACUGUGCGAAGUACGGCUCAACAAGAACUCCGGCAGGAACUUCUACACGACCUCCUGAAGCGCCGACACUUUUUGCAGGAAAGGACGCAAAAAGUAAACAACAACUGUCGACGAUCACAUCUGCAGCUACUAGUACUAAUAGUCCUCCUCAACUAGUACAUGAUACCAAAUCUCCUAUCGUCGGCCUGGUGUGCGAUUCUUCGUUUUCCAAUUUUCGUGUGCUUGCUCGCGAACUCGUAGAGUCCUUUUCCUCCACCGCCCCUACCGCUCCAGAGUUACUCGUGAACAAGGAUGCGGCGGACUCAUCCUCGCAACCAAACACCGAUGUGGAAAGUAGCGACGAAAGAAUGCAGAGCACGCGCGCAACCGCAACCUCUUCCUCCUCGGCAGCGUCGGGUGACUCAACGGCGGGCGCUGCGCAGCGGCGUGCGCGUGCCGAUAGCGAUGCGUCAAAAAGCUCCACUGCUUCGGGAAGUUCUUCACAGCAUCAAGCGCCAGCCAGCAAGACACUGCUGAUGAGUUUUGGACUCAAGAUGGUGGGGUCCGUGGGUUUGCCACUGUUGGAUACCAUUUUGCAGUUUAUUCGCAGCUCGGUGCAGCAACGAGCAGAGUUCGACAUUGACGAGCUGUUUGUAUGCCCGGAAAAACUGCGGCUGCCCGUUUACUUUCUGGCGGGAACCAAGGACACCUUCAUCCGACCCCGGCACACCCAGUUUCUCUUUGACAACUGGGGUGGCUGCGAUAAGGCGCUGGACCUGAUGCAAAACGCGGACCACAACUCGCGGCGCCAGGCAGUUUAUCUCACCCGGGUAUGCAGCUUCCUCAAACGCGUGGGCAACCAGACGGGAAUUGUAGCUCCCUUUCCAUCUCCUGGGGGACAACUUCAUGACCAAAAAAUAAAUUGCAAUCAGCAAAAACUCCAACUACACGCCGCUUUUUCGACUGGAUCUUCUAGCUUCCCAAGAAAUUCGAGAAGAACGCGCCCUGCUGCUACUUUCGGAGGCACUACCUCCCAGGCGGUACCGCCUCGUCCCUUAUCUUCUCCGAUGAUGCAGGUGAAAAAAGCAACAAGCUCGUGGUCUUCAAUAGGCGGCCGAAGAACCACGGCAACUACUAGUAGAAACCCGCUCUUGCUAGAGAAGGUGGCACAGAAGGUGGUUGCUCCGCCCGCUGAACUUUCGCCUGCCAUCGAGAUGGAAGAUGUCGACUCAGAUGAGGAUAAAGCAUUGUCACAGCCACCGUCGAAGCUCAGCAGCAGUGUUCCGUUGGCAAGCAGCGAUGCUGAUUUUCCGGUUUCGUCGCCCGAUGAAGACAACCAAUCAAUCGAUGCUGACGCGGCAUCCGGGAGUCCGAGUACCAUGGUGAUACUAACAACUCCAUCAGUUGUUGCAAAGAGCCAGACGAACGACGAGACUAAAAAUAGCUGCGACGCAAAAAAUGCAAUCUCGUCCAGUGGGAGCGCGGGGGCUAGAAGUGGCUUUGCAACUUCGACGGGAGUAGCGGCCAUCGACAAGAACAUCAAGUUCGGUCAUGGUAGACAAGAUGAGUCGAGUUGUUUUAGCAGUCCGCCGACUGCGUGCCGGGCAGGCCAACUAGUGUCUCCGUCCUGGUCUGUGCCGCGCAUCGGAGCCCAGGGAUUGUUGUUGGUAAAUUCUUCGUCACACAAGAAGCUGUCCACGUGCCCAGCAGGCAGCUCUUUCGUCAACUCCGCGUCUCCGCCACAGUUCAAGCUGAAGCCGAUUUCUGCCUCGUUACAAAAGCCGCAGGACAGCGGGAAAACCGGCACCCGGCUAUUAAUGUCGCCCCCGGUGCACCUCAAGAUCAAAACGAGCAGCAUCGCGAAGACUUCCACCUCAAGUGCAAGUCGAUCCAGGUUCAUCAACCUUGACGAGGCUUUAUCGACCUCCAGCGCCGCAGCGCUUCGGUACCGGCCCGGGGCAAGAGCAGCCACGACGUUGCGAGGCAGCCAGACAACUUCAACUGCGCUGGAAAAAGCUGCAUUGUCUUCUUCCUCUUCGGCAACUACUGCACCCGCAUCGGCGGCCCAGGAAGAUGAAACUUGCGCGCCGGACGUGCAAACGCCUGGAGCACACGACCAGCAUGAGGGGGCUGGGGAAGGAGCUGGUGGCGGAUCGGCUGCAAGCAGUACUACUGCAGCUGCGUUGAGCGAUGCCGAUGCCGCCUCUUCCUCUAGGAGCGACUCACAAAAAACAUUUUCAGACACAGCAACGAAUCUGCCCAAGGGCGCAGGAGUUGCAGAUAAGUGCGAGCACCAGACGAGGUCAACUGGACGUGCAGGUGAGGAGGUCAUCAGCUUGGACGACCAAAGAGCGAUUGGCUCGCCUGACAUGCAGCGCGUCAACAUGAGUUUUCGGAUCAACAAAAAACCGUCUCUUCGCGGCGUCGCUACUACGUCAAAUGAGACCUCCCCCUCCACUGCGGGAGCAGCACUAGAUAUGCCCCGUCCGAGGCUGAGUCCGGGUCCGGCGCUCCCGCAAAUACGAUUGGACCAGCCACUGUUCCCAUUGCCUCCACGAAGUGACCAAAUACCAAAAAUCAAACCUUCGGCAUCGGGCUCUUCUUUGCACUAGAAGUCGGGGAGGACCAAAGCAAUAGCGAAAUCGUCGAAACUCGGAUUGCGAUCGGUUGCGCUUUUUGCCCUGUUUCAGGUUUUGCAGUCUUGGGCUGUACUUACCACGACAACUACAACUAGCUAGAUGUCAACAUGUAGAGCAGCAAGCAGAGGCAGCACAGCUACAUCAGCCUCGUCCAGCUUUCGUUUCUUGCGGUAGGAAGAGAACGCAACCUCAUAGCAGGCUCCAGCAGAUCCAUCAAUUGUACUAACGGUUUGUUUUGUAUUGGUAUUCCUCGUGUAGAUGGAUUUAGAUUUGAUAGAGUUUUCGCAUUCGAUUUCGCGGAACACAUAAAGCGAUAUUUCUACAAUGUACGAUUUUAAUGUAGUAGUUUCGCACAGCAACAAGCUCCUGCUCCAUCAAGUCAGCUCAUGAUAGAUCCGCUAAUCAUCUCUAUGCUAAGCGUACUAGAAACAGAUUAUUUUGAAACGGUAAAGCUCUGGCGUUUCUGCUUCCCGGGCGUGAGUGUGGCUGUGUGAGGAUCGGGGGCGUGGGAUAGCACAAGAACAUGAACAAGCAUCGAUCGUUUUGUACGCUUACCAUUCACAACAUUUUGAUGUCGAUUACGAUGUUUUCUUUUGAUCACGCACCUCCAGCAUGGAAAUGUACAAACUAGCGUUUUUAGGAGUGGUAUCUAUGGUGAUUGUACAUCUAUCAUCCACAACUGGAAGUGCAACGGCACGAAUUGGAUCGAGGGCCUCGCAAUGUCUCGAUUUCUAGUAGUUCUUGUUUCCGUGUGAACAAGUUUUUGC